AUGUUUUCGGAAUAUGCCUCGCGCUUCCUGGCGCAGUCACAGAGUAGGAUAUCCAAUUUCGGCGGACAGCUCGACAACGGCGACAGCCCGCCUCGACAGCCCUCCGACCGGAACGCACGAUCGACACGAAACCCUGGCGGCCGCUCCUUUCUUGGAAGGGGGUACACCGGCAAUCCCUACGUUGCCGGCGGUUCACGGUUCGGGCAGCUAGGCUUCGCUUCCCGCAUGUCCGUAGCCCGCGAGGACGCACCGCUCUUCCACAGCACGCUGAACGAGUACCGGGAGGAUGACGACGAGGACGAGCGCGACAGGGAUGCGGCCGACUUGUUUGCCCUGCAGAGGUCCCGUCGCGUCGCCGCUGCGAGCAAGCUUGCCGAGAGCACGGAGACGGACCCCGACGCGAGCCGUGGCUCGCUCGACCAGAGCAACGAAGGCAGCCACAGCCGACGUUAUCAAGAUCGGAGCAUAAGGAGGGGCAUUCGCAGCAGCUGGAACGGCACACGGAGUUUCAGCGGGCGUGGCAGGGGGCAAGGAGCCAUCGACGAAGAGGCGGAAGAUGUGCAACGAGAUGCGACCGACCGGGACAGCAACCACAGCUCCGAAGGAAACCCGAAAAUGGUCGACGUCGGAUUAGAGUCCCAGACGGAAUACGACGAUCCCCCAGCGUCGCUGACGGGCGAGCUGGAAGACGACAAUAGCCCACCCGCCUUCCAGAAGUUCCAGGGCAAGGCGGAUCGGAACAAGUUCAUGCUUCGUAGGGAGUCAACCAACGAGUCCGAGUACGACGAGCAACAGGAAGCCGAGGCGGAGAGCCAGGUGAUGCCAGCCACUGUACCACUAGCCGAGGGCGAGAUUUUCAAGUACGACCCCUUCUUCGCCUGGGCGUUUCUCAUUCUUCUUGCAGCCCUGCUUUCGACCUUCGUACUGGUGUGGCUGCAUACGUCUACACGCAAGGGCAUGGGCGACACGAUUUAUACAACACUACACGCAUCCUUCCACAUGCUCGCAGUUGACACUCUGAUCUCGGUCAUCGUGGCGCUUUUCUGGCUUGCGGCUCUGCGGUCCUUCGCCCGCCCCCUUGCGGGCCUCGUCGUUGUUGCCGUCCCCGUCAUCAUGGGCACCUUUGCGCUUUACGCGUUCGUGUCGAGUUUCAAGGGCUCAACGCAUGGGGCGAGCUUCCAGGACCGCGCACUGCGGUGGGCCUCUCUGGUGCCAGCUGUGAGCUGUGUGGUCUGGGUCUUCCUCGUCAUCAAAGCUCGUCACAGCAUCAGGCAGGCGGUAGAUAUUCUCGAAUUCGCGAGCCGCAUCCUGGCGGCCAACUCGGCUCUUCUCGUCCUGGGCUUUGCCUGUCUGGCGUUGAUUGUGGUGUGGACUUGGAUCUGGAUGGGCAUGUUCACGCGCAUUUUCCUCGGUGGCUACUUCUCCAAGAGCCUCGCACGGUUUGUCAUCCGGGUCUCCAGCUGGUGGCUCGGCGUCUGGUUCAUUCUCAUGUACAUGUGGACAGUCGGCGUCAUCAACUCGGUGCAGCGCGCGACAACAGCGGCGACAGUAUCGCAGUGGUACUUUCACCGCAUGGCGGCGCCUGCGCCGUCUUCCAACGACAUUGUCAUGGCUGCUAUGGGACACGCCUUGACCACGAUAUUCGGCAGCAUCUGCGAGCAGACGUUCCUGGCAUUGAUGAUCCGGGCCCCUCUGCUUGUUCUUCCCAGGAGCCUGUCGAAUAUCAUUGAAGCCAUCAGCUCACGGAUCAUCCCCACGCCCAUCGCUGCCUUGACGAAUCCCCUGACCAUUACGUACGGCGCUAUACACUCGCAGAACCUGCAGGCGGCCGCGCGUGGUCUCAGUCGCAUGGAGUUCCUGUCGCCGGGGCGCCCGACGACGACUCUGACGCCACACGUCUUCACGUCAUCUCUGCGCGGUGCCCGGUCGCCCACGCUGCCGUACCGGCUGGCCAAAAUGCUCCUCUACGCGACCCGCUUCAUCAUGGCCACGGCGCUCGGGUUCGCAGGCUGGGUCAUGACGGCGAAGCAGCUACGGAUCGCGGCGUCGGACGGCAUGGGCACCCGCGGGUCGGCAUACGCCUACAUUGUCGGCAUCGUCGCCAGCUUCAUCGGCUUCUCGGUCAUGGGCGCCAUGGAGAACAUACUCAGCGGUAUUGUGGACGCGGCCAUUAUCUGCUACGGCAGCGAGAAGCUCAUGCGGAACGGGAGUGGCGGGUAUUGCAUGGAAGCGGCGUAUCUCUUUGGGGAGAGGCGUCGUGAUGAUCGGGACUUGCCUUGA